GCAAUUUAAUGUGCUCUAGGAAGUAAAAAAAUAUCUUAAAGAUUUGAAACUUUGUUAAUUAAUGCAGCAUGUAAAUACUGUAAGGAAAAAAUGCAAUUUUCGCCGCAAGGAAGCUAAAGUCGUGCCCGGAAACGGAAGGGCAAAAGAAAACCCAGUUUGGCACUAAACUGACGUGUAAGAGGAAGGCAAGAGCACAGAAAGUGUGUUUAAGUUGAAGUACAAGUGCAAGACCUUGACAACGCAUUCCAGACAGGUGGCCAAGUUAGUGCCGCGAUCGGCAUACACAGCCACAGCAUCGCAUCCAUAUCCCGAAUAUCCGCACCGACAUUCACCAUCCACCAUGGAUCGUAGUAGUAGUAAAAACAAUAGCUCCGAGUUUGCAGCCUCUGCAAAUGUUGGAGCCAUGGGAGUAACAUCGAUGGGUGCCAACUCCCAUACGCCAUGGAGCAAUAACAAAGAGUCGCCGAGCAACGAGGAUGACUCGAAUGAGGAUGAUGGCGAAACUGCCACACCAGCCAAAGUGACCGAUCCAUUGGCGCCGCGUUUAACUGCCAACAACGAGCGCAUUUUGGUUGUUUCCGUGACGGAACGCCGUCGCGAAACUUGGGGCCAGAAAGCUGAGUUCCUCUUGGCUGUCAUCGGUUUUGCUGUCGAUCUUGGCAAUGUUUGGAGAUUCCCAUAUAUUUGCUAUCAAAACGGUGGUGGCGCCUUUCUAGUUCCCUAUUGCCUGUUCCUAAUUUUUGGCGGUCUGCCUUUGUUCUAUAUGGAAUUGGCUUUAGGACAAUUUCAUCGAUGUGGUUGUCUCAGUAUUUGGAAACGCAUUUGUCCAGCCUUGAAGGGUGUUGGUUAUGCAAUUUGCCUAAUCGAUAUCUAUAUGGGAAUGUAUUACAAUACCAUUAUAGGAUGGGCAGUUUAUUAUCUGUUUGCCUCAUUUACCUCAACAUUGCCAUGGACAUCUUGUGAUAAUCCAUGGAACACGGCAAAUUGUAUGCCAGUGACGAAUGAAAAUUUCACCGAACUGGCCACAUCACCGGCCAAGGAGUUCUUUGAGCGCAGAGUUCUAGAGAGCUAUAAGAGUAAUGGCCUGGAUUUUAUGGGCCCUGUGAAACCGACUCUGGCAUUGUGUGUCUUUGGGGUCUUUGUUUUGGUCUAUUUUUCAUUGUGGAAGGGUGUACGAAGUGCCGGCAAAGUUGUUUGGGUCACUGCAUUGGCUCCAUACGUUGUUUUGAUUAUAUUAUUGGUACGCGGCGUUUCGUUACCUGGUGCGGAUGAGGGUAUCAAAUAUUAUCUAACUCCCGAAUGGCAUAAGCUGAAAAAUUCUAAAGUUUGGAUAGAUGCAGCAUCGCAGAUAUUUUUCUCAUUGGGCCCUGGUUUUGGUACCUUAUUGGCUUUAUCUAGUUAUAAUAAAUUUAAUAACAAUUGCUACAGAGAUGCUCUUAUAACGAGUAGUAUUAAUUGUUUGACGAGUUUCCUGGCCGGAUUUGUCAUCUUCUCAGUAUUGGGAUACAUGGCCUAUGUGCAAAAGACUUCCAUUGAUAAGGUGGGUUUGGAGGGACCUGGCCUGGUGUUUAUUGUCUAUCCGGAGGCCAUAGCCACAAUGAGUGGAUCGGUCUUCUGGAGCAUUAUAUUCUUCUUAAUGCUCAUCACCUUGGGACUGGAUAGCACAUUUGGUGGCCUUGAGGCCAUGAUAACCGCUUUGUGUGAUGAAUAUCCUCGUGUGAUUGGCAGACGAAGGGAAUUGUUUGUUCUGCUUCUGUUGGCCUUCAUAUUCCUUUGCGCUCUGCCCACAAUGACCUAUGGUGGCGUUGUUUUGGUGAAUUUCCUUAAUGUCUAUGGACCAGGAUUAGCCAUUCUCUUUGUGGUCUUUGUGGAGGCAGCUGGAGUAUUUUGGUUCUACGGUGUGGAUCGUUUUAGUGCCGAUGUGGAGCAAAUGCUUGGAGCCAAGCCAGGAAUAUUUUGGCGCAUUUGCUGGACCUAUAUAAGUCCAGUUUUCCUAUUGACAAUUUUCAUCUUUUCGAUAUUGGGCUACAAGGAAAUGUUGGGCGAGGAGUUCUACUAUCCGCCAUGGAGCAUUCAAGUGGGUUGGGCUGUGACAUGCUCAUCGGUGCUUUGCAUACCCCUCUAUAUGCUCUAUAAGUUCUGCAUUGCCUCGAAGGGUGAUUGUCGGCAAAGGUUACAGGAGUCGUUUAGGCCGGACGAUCAUUGUGGUUCUGUGGUGCCAGGACAACAGGGCACUACGGUGUGACAUGAUAAUGCUGUGCAUUUGAAUAUACAUACCCAAAGAACCAAUAUUAAGAUUUAUAAUUUGAAUUGUACAAGUUUUUCACCAACAACAACAACAACAACAACAACAGCAACAACUGCAGCGGCAGCCCCAUCAGCCGAGGGUAGCAACAAACGUUUGCUCGACUUUAACAGUUACUACGCUUAUCACACAAAUAAUCUUAACUACACGGAUGCCGAGACGGAGGGCAAUCUGCAACGGAAUGCUAAUGAUAUUACUAAUCAUAAUGUUAGCUCUAGUCUUAGCUUUAGUCGCGAUAAUAAUCAACAUCAAUCCAAUCUAAUAACAACAACAACAACAACAACAGCUGCUGGCGAGGACAAUAACUGCUCCCCCUUGGAACUAAGCAGCUGCAAGCCGCUCAAGUUUCCCUUGGCCAGCGAGUGGUUGGUUUAAAUUCCUCUUAUCGAUCGCGUCACGGUUAAAAGAUCUUGCAAAUCAGCCAUUUUGCAGGAUCUUUGCCUCGUCGAGAUCUCUUCAGAUCGUUCACAAUCCUCUAGCUUAAAAUAUACAUAAAAAACUAUUACAAAGUAUUCUCUAUGUUUGUAUUUGUCCAGAAUUUAGUUAGUAAGCGUUAAACUAAAGUUGAACUCGUAGGUAAAACUAAAAAUUUGGUAAAAAUGCUUUUUAACUAAAACCCAAAAAAAAAAAAACACCCUGUACAAUGGCUAUAUAGCUUAGCACCAAAAACCCAAACCCAAAUCUUUGAUUAAUUUGCCAACUAGAAGAACCAAUUGUAAAACAGCCAUUUUACAAUUUGUUCU